AUGGCCUCACGGUCUGAGAUACGAGGCAUGUUUCUGAGGAGACGGGCGGCCGUUUUGGCGGCAUGCAGUGGUCAUGGCAACAGGGUCAAUCAAUGCAUGCCUGUCUAUCCCACCUUCUCAUCUCCCCGUGCUUCCCCUGCCCCUGUGCCCACCACCUACCACCACCAGGGAGACGGGCGGCCGUUUUGGCGGCAUGCAGUGGCCAUGGCAACAGGCUCGGACAACCAGGAGUUGUUCGAAGACCUCUACCAGGUGGGUGGGUACCAGGUGGGUGGGUACCAGGUGGGUGGGUACCAGGUGGGUGGGUACCAGGUGGGUGGGUACCAGGUGGGUGGGUACCAGGUGGGUGGGUACCAGGUGGGUGGGUACCAGGUGGGUGGGUACCAGAUGGGUGGGUAUCAGGUGGGUGAGUACCAGGUGGGUGGGUACCAGGUGGGUGGGUACCAGGUGGGUGGGUACCAGGUGGGUGGGUACCAGGUGGGUGGGUACCAGGUGGGUGGGUACCAGGUGGGCGGGUACCAGGUGGGUGGGUACCAGGUGGGUAGGUACCAGGUGGGUGGGUACCAGGUGGGUAGGUACCAGGUGGGUGGGUACCAGGUGGGUAGGUACCAGGUGGGUAGGUACCAGCACUACGAGAAGGCAUCAGCAUGGAGGGUGGCAGAGGGAGCAGUGGAUUCUCUCUUGAGACUCAAACAAGCCAAUGUCCGCCUUGCAAUUGUUUCCAACUUUGACUCGAGAUUGCGGCCGAUUUUGCGGGACCUUCAAGUCGACUCGCUGUUUGACGCCAUCGUUGUGUCGGCUGAAGUUAGAUGCGAGAAGCCAUCACCACAGAUAUUCGCCAUUGCUCUUGAGGAAAUAGGAGUGUCUUCUCCCGGUCGCGCGGUGCAUGUGGGGGAUGAUGCAGUGAACGACUUACAAGGGGCCAUGGAUGCUGGCCUGCAUGCAUGGUUAUGGAAACAAGACGUUAAAUCUUUUGACGAUAUCACACGACGAGUCCUUGGGAUAUAG